GGGAGAGAAAGCCAGGACCGGCGGUAGCCCGGCGCAGGCGGAGCCCGCGGCCGCCGUCUACUUCCGGAAUUUGAAACCCGUUUCCGGAAGUCAGGACGGGGUCCCCAUGACGACCGACGUUGGCGCUGGCAGGCUGUUGUCUUAGAGCAAGGGAAACAGCUCUGAUUCUGAGGAACCAGACGCUUCUUCCUCAGUGCUGGGGAGAAAGCCAGGAGCCGUUGUGUGAGGAAGUGUGGAAUGUGCCCUUGGGGGCCCAAGAGAGCAGCAGGAAGAUGCUCCAGACCAGUAACUACAGCCUGGUGCUCUCCCUGCAGUUCCUGCUGCUGUCCUAUGACCUCUUUGUCAAUUCCUUCUCGGAGCUCCUGCGGAUGGCUCCUGUCAUCCAGCUCGUGCUCUUCAUCAUCCAGGAUAUUGCAAUCCUCUUCAACAUCAUCAUCAUUUUCCUCAUGUUCUUCAACACCUUCGUCUUCCAGGCUGGCCUGGUCAACCUCCUGUUCCAUAAGUUCAAAGGGACCAUCAUCCUGACAGGCGUGUACUUCGCCCUCAGCAUCUCCUUUCAUGUCUGGGUCAUGAACUUACGCUGGAAAAACUCCAAACGCUUUGUCUGGACAGAUGGACUUCAAACGCUGUUUGUAUUCCAGAGACUAGCGGCAGUGUUAUACUGUUACUUCUACAAACGGACAGCUGUGAGACUGGGCGAUCCUCGCUUCUACCAGGACUCUCUAUGGCUGCGCAAGGAGUUCCUGCAAGUCCGACGGUGACCGCUUCUUAUCACACUGAUGGAUGGCGUUCCUUCCUGACGGAAGCCACGUCUGCAGUUCUGAAGGGGGAGUGGUUGGCCCGCUGCAUCCGGAAGCAGCUUGACUUUUCCAGGACAGGCUCAGGCCCGUUGUGUUCAGCAGUCAAGAGGGAAGAUCUCCCUCUUGUGAAUUGCAGUGUUCCCCACUACAGACGCCAGUGUAUCAUCCCCCUGCCUCAGUAUUGACCCUUCCUGUCCCCACCGUUCCUCACAGAAGGCUCUGUGGCUCUUAUCCUUGCAAAGCUUUGCGCUUAGCCUGGCACAGCCCGAGCUCCCAGCCCCCGCUUCCCUUGCACCACACACUAAUGACUGAAGGAUGCAAAGAGGGAUAUUUCUGUGCUCCUGGCUGGUCACAGCUUAGACAUAGAGAUUUUAUACCCAAGGCACGUUUUUUACAUUUUAUAAAUAGGAAAUAAAUUCAGUUGUUUUU